AUGGCGAAACAACUUGUCCGCUCGACUUCACCAAAGGGGCUCGUGAGGUGUCAUGAUGCCUGGACCUCUACCCCUGGGCCGAACGCCCCGCCCACAUAUACUCCGCGGAUGGUCGACAACUCUCAGACGCUCCAUGCGUCGUCCGUCGACGCAAAGACGACGGGAAUGGAGCACAAGGACAAGGAUGCUAGCCCCCGCCGUUAA